GCACGAUUCAUUAGGUAGUAGCACGUAGUAUGUAGGUUAAAUUGGUCUCACAAAGUCAAAACCAAAAAUAUUAAAGUUUAUACAAUUUGUUUGACCUUAGAAGUGUUAAAAAUUAAAAUAGAGCAAUUUUAUUGAAUUAAAAAUAAAAAUAAAUAUUAUUGAUAAUAUUCGAAUUUGUUCGGCAUAUUAUUUGUGGUUAAGAAAAUUUGAAAAGUGAUAACUGAUAAGUUGACCCAACAUAUUGUUAUUAUCCUUCAAAAUCAAAUCAGAGGUUUGAAUGUCUAAUUUUAAAGCCUCUAAGUGGUCCAUAGAUUUUCGCAUUUAUUUUGCAAAUUAUUACUUGCAGUUGAAGUAGUUGAACGAGUUCAAAAAAAAAAAAAAUAUCAAAAUUAUUUCAACUUUAUAAUUUUUAAUCUCUGCAGCUGCAGCACUCCUCUACUAUUUGGCUUAUCAUCCAUCGUAAGUAUUAAAAAAACCGUAUGCCAAAAUGGGCGGAUCAUCUAGCACUACUCGAACACUAGAAAUUGAAAAUCCAAAUGUGAUCACUUUGUCAGACAAGGUUGUUGAAAGACUCCGAGGUCAAGAGCAAAUAGCACCAGUUGACCAGGGUUCACACAUUUUACCGACGUAUGUGCAACCGUCGUCUCUGCAAAUACAGAAGGUUGUUCAGCAAGAGCUAGAAGCCAAUGACAAAAGGUGGGAGCAGCGUUUUCACCAUGUCAACAACAGUCAAAAAGCUCUGAACCGCAAUGUCGAAAUAGAAUACAAAAAAACAUAUGAAAAUGUCAAGAAAUUGUUACCUAUAAUUAAAGACGGAGUACUGAGUGAAACUACAAUAGAAAAAGAAAACGUUUUAUUGGAUUGUUUAGCCAAUAAUAAGGGAACCCCAUUGAAUUGCACUGAUGCUGUCAAAGAUUAUCAGAAGGUGUUAUUUCAAUCUACAAUUCAAAAGCUUUGAACAUUGGUAGCUCAAUAGAAACUUAUAUAUAGGAGUUCAAAUAUGUUUCAAUGAUAAUAUGAAAGAUUAUGCUUAAAUGUAUGAUAUUUUAAUUAUAUACUUAAAACCAUGGUAAGUAGUUCUGUUUAAAUGAAUAAAAGGCUACUUUGUUAUGUUGUUGAAUUUCUGUUUAUUGAUAUGAUGAAUUUAUUUUAAUCAACUUUAUGGCAAAGAAUAAAACACAAUACUAUAGUUUUCUUUUA